AUCUACGCACAGCCCUUUCUCCAGAUUCCUGAACCCUUCCUGAUGCUGGGACAUGAACCCCGGCAUAAAUGGACGCCCGAAGUGGGACUUUCUGAACCCUGGAAGCACCAGCACCCUUGCAUCUGGGUUUUCUGCCUUUUGUGUCUGUAUGCUUCUUUUUCAUGCGUGUGCCCCUCCAGCUGUGUGCACUGUAUCUACAGAUACCAGGUAUUUCUCUAUUUCACAGUUGCCUUCCAGAAUAUCUCUUGUGGUGUCCACUACUUGGCCUCUGUGUUUAUGACCGUGCUCCCCAGGUACGCCUGCAGGCCCCCAGGCAAUGUGAGCCGGGUUCUUUUCCACAAUGUUUCUGAUUGGAGGUUGGACAACAUCUGGAAGCUGUCUUCCUCGGGCCACGAAGAGCAAGUUGUGGUGCAGCUACAGGACGGUGAGAUCUGGGAGCUCAAAAGGUGUAACAGGUUCCGGAGAGAUAACUUGUCGAAUCUGGACUAUAAUUAUAACGGCCAUAAAAGUCGUUUUCCUUGCUUGGAUGGCUACAUCUAUGACACAAGCAAAUGGGACAGCACCGUGGUGACUCAGUGGGAUCUGGUCUGUAACCGAGAAUGGUUUGCCAAGCUGAUCCAGCCUACAUUUAUGGUAGGAGUCCUGCUGGGAGCGCUGAUUUUCGGCUACCUUUCUGACAGGAUAGGAAGACGACUUGUCUUGUGGUCCACAAGCAUUGGCAUGUACUUCUUUGGCAUAGCAGCGGCAUUCACAUUGGAUUAUUACAGCUUCAUGGUUGCACGCUUUCUUCUUGCUAUUGUUUCAAGCGGCUAUCUCGUAGUGGUGUUCGUCUAUGUGACAGAAUUUAUUGGCAUGAAGGCUCGGACGUGGGCAUGCAUCCAAGUGCACUCCUUUUUUGCCGUUGGAACGAUGGUGGUGGCUUUGACAGGCUACUUGGUCAGGACCUGGUGGAUCUACCAGAUAAUCCUCUCCACAGUGACUGCCCCCUUUGUCUUGUUCUGUUGGAUGCUCCCGGAGACUCCUUUUUGGCUUCUUUCAGAGGGAAAAUAUGAAGAAGCACAAACAGUGGUUGAUCAGAUGGCCAAGUGGAAUAGGGCAGGCACCUUUAAGCUGUCAGAACUCUUAUCCCUGGAUCUAUACAGUCCUGUUGAUCAACAGUCUCUUUAUGCUAGUAAGCACAGGCUAUUAUAUCUGUUUUAUGACUGCAAUAUUGGAAAAAGGACACUUAUUGUUUGGCUGAUUUGGUUCACGGCGUGUUUGGGAUACUAUUCCUUCUCCUUGAAUUCUGUUAAUCUAGGAGGCAAUGUAUAUUUAAACCUCUUUCUCAUAGGUAAGUAGUUAAAUUAUAUUUAUG